GGCUGAUAUCAAAGGGCUACAGGGGCUGUGACAGAAAGCAAACAUGCAGACUGAAGCCAGAUGUGGAAAUGAAACAGCAAGAGGAAAAGCAAGCGCAUCAGGGAUUCCUUUCUGUUAUUGUUUGGAGCACAGAGGGCCUGCUGAGAUGGAGAGCCUCGAGACUGACAGGGAAAUGCUCUAUCCUGAGAUAGUUGUAGAAGUGGGCAGAGUGACUUUUGGAGAAGAGAACAGGAAGAAGAUGACUAACUGCUUUUUGAAAAGAACAGAGAAUUCUAAAAUCAUCCAAGCUAUUUGUGCACUGUUAAAUUCUGGAGGGGGUGUGAUCAAAGCAGAGAUUGAUGACAAAACCUACAGUUACCGAUGCCAUGGGCUGGGACAGGAUUUGGAAACUUCUUUUCAAAAGCUUCUUCCUUCAGGUUCACAGAAGUACCUUGACUACAUGCAACAGGGGCACAAUCUCCUGAUUUUUGUGAAGUCAUGGGGCCCAGAUGUUUUCAGCCUUCCCCUAAGGAUUUGCAGCUUACACUCCAAUUUGUAUUGGAGAGAUGUGACUUCUGCAAUCAACUUGAGUGCCAUCAGUGCCCUGGGGCUUCUCAGAGAGAAGCAGUCUAGAGCCCAAAGAGGAAGACCAAGGAGGAAGGAGCUGCCUCCUCAGAAAGUUCUUUACAGAUAUAUCCAGGAAGAAGAAGAUAUGAGGGUGUCUGCCUCAGAAUUUUUUAAAAAGGACAAACUCAUGUACAAGGAGAAACUCAACUUUACUGAGUCAACACAUGUCGAGUUUAAAAUGUUCACCACCAAAAAGGUUGUGCCUCGGAUUAGAGAAAUGCUGCCGCAUUAUAUCUCUGCCUUUGCCAACACUCAAGGGGGAUACCUAAUCAUUGGAGUGGAUGAUAAGACCAAAGAAGUGUUUGGAUGUAAGACAGAAAAAGUGAACCCUGACUUAUUAAAAACAGAAAUUGAAAACUGCAUAGAAAAAUUGCCAACAUUCCACUUUUGCUGUAAGAAGCCGAAGGUGGAUUUUUCAACCAAAAUCUUGAAUGUGUACCAAAGUGAUGUCCUGUAUGGUUAUGUCUGUGUGGUUCGAGUGGAGCCUUUCUGUUGUGCAGUGUUCGCAGGGGCCCCGGAUUCCUGGAUCAUAAAGAACAAUUCUGUCACGAGGCUGACGGCUGAGCACUGGGUGGCCAAGAUGAUGGAUGUUGAAUCAGCUUCUUCUGGUUCAGCCACAGACUUCAGCUGUCCCCUGAUUUCAUCAGCUUCAUCAGCACCAAGAAACUUGGCAUAUCCCAUAAAAGUUCUGGAAUUUAAGGGCGCUCUGCAACAACGUUUCUUUCCAGUGAUGCAGGAAGAGAUACACUUUAAACCAGAAUCCCUCUGUAAUAAGUUAUUUGUUGAUCAUGAAGGACUGGAAGAAUUGAUAAAAACACAGACGUAUCCCUGUUCUCAGGGGACUGUGAUACUUUCUAGAAGCUGGGCUGGUGAUGUUGGCUUAAGGAAGGAGCAGAAUGUCCUGUGCGACGCCCUCCUAAUAGCAGUUAACAGCCCCCUGGUGCUCUAUACAAUCUUAAAAGACCCCAGCUGGAGUGGAGGACUUGAAUACUCUCACAGCGCCGCUCAUCAGUUAAAGCAGAAACUGGAAACUGUUGGCGGUUACACAGGGAAAGUGUGUGUCAUUCCGAGGCUGUUACACCUGCCCGGCAUACAGGACAGACCCAGGGGAAUUCCCGUGCACUACCCACAGUCCUACAGGCUUGUGAGUGAGGACGACAUGGAAGACUUGUUGCAGGCCCUUGUGGUAGUCUCGCUGAGCUCCAGAUCUCUUCUGAGUGAUCGGCUGGGGUGUGAAUUUUUCGACUUGCUCAUAGCGGAGCAGUGUGAGCUGCUUUCAGAGAGCCUUCAGGAGACUCGGGAGUUGUUCAUCCACUGCUUUCCAGGAACUCGGAAAACAGCCAUAGCCAUAAAAAUCUUGAAGAAAAUUAAGAAUUUGUUCAAUUGCAAACCAAAAGAGAUCCUCUAUGUUUGUGAAAACGACUCCUUAAAGGAUUUUAUGGCCCAUCAAACCAUCUGCCAAACUGUGACCAGGAAAACCUUCAUGCGAGGAGAAUUCCUAAAGGUUAAGCACAUAGUGAUGGAUGAGACUGAAAAUUUCUGUGGUAAAUAUGGUGAUUGGUACCUGAAGGCUAAGAGCAUCACCCAUCCAAAGGUGAGGGGGGCUGGAAAUGAAAACCUUCACCAUGGGAUUCUCUGGCUUUUUCUAGACCCUUUCCAAGUCCGUCAUGCAGAUGUCAGUGGUCUUCCCCCUCCAUCAGCUCAGUUUCCUCGAAAAACAAUCUCAGAGGGCGUCCAUUGUGCUCUGGAAAUAGCAAAGGUCAUGAAAGAAGAAAUGAAGAGAAUUAAAGAAAAUCCUCCCUUCAACAUGUCUCCAUACUCACUGGCAUUGUUCAAGGAAGCUGCCUAUGAGGAAGCAAUGUAUGCGCAGGCUCUGCCUGGGGUGUGUGAGACAGAGACUAACCUGACAGCAGAACAAAUAGUGAACCACGUGGCAGAAAGAUGUCACAUCCUGUUCCAAUGUGGCUAUCUGCCCAAAGACAUAGCAAUUCUGUGCAGAAGAGGGGAGGACAGAGAACGCUAUGAGCUUGCACUGCUAAAAGCAAUGGCAUCAGUUCAGCUCCAUGGAACAAGAGAGGUUGUGUUCAGUCGGGCCAAUGGUGUUUGGGACAGUCACAUCAUUCUAGACAGUAUUCAGCAGUUUUCAGGCCUAGAGAGGAAUAUUGUGUUUGGGAUUAGUCCAGAAUGUGACCUUUCAGAGGAUUUUCAUAAGCUGUGCUUUGCCUUGAGAGCCAUUAAACACCUGUACCUGCUUUAUGAAAAGAGGGCAGCCUUCUGAAAAUUAUUAUAGAUAGCACAGGAAUCCAGAAAGAGCAGAGUCCCUUUGCUUAGGCUGCUGGCAGCUACUCCUUUUCACAUAUUACAGGUGAAGACAUCACGACACAAUCAUGGCCUAGAGCCACAGAAAUGUCUCUUGAGGCUGAUCCUUCCAUUCUCUGCAAUGUCACUGUCUUUUUCCCUGUCUGCUUUACUUCCUCCACGUAAAAUUAAAACAGACUUAUAAUUGGCCCUCUACCUCCAAUUGUCCUAGUCCACUCCAGCUUUCAUCCUAUUACCAGAGAGGUUCUCCUACAGUAGAGAAGCUGAAUUUAUAAAAUCCUUUGCUCAUGUAUCGUAAGUGAGACCUUGCUACCUUCAAACCAAACUAAUCUUCAAGGUUCUGUAUGACAUGCCCCAACUCACUCUCCUAAACACACCCUUUAUUAUACUUCCAUCUCCCAGUGUUGCUAAUGCACUCUAGCCUUGCUGGCCUAAAUUUGGGGUGAGGUUGGGUACCUUUCAGAUUGGUCCCUUUGACUGGGUGUCCCAAAGGCAACACCUUGGUUGGCACCUUAUACUAGUUACGGGUUUCAGGCUUUACAGGCCCACAACUUGAUUUCCAAUUUGCGCUGAGUCUGGAUCAGUUUCUUAGGGAUGGCCUUCUGCUAACCAAGAUCACAAAAGGCCAAUGCAUAAAUGAAAAUGCCCACUUUGUUACUUUACAGUGAGGAUUGUAGUAACAAGUGGGCAUUGGUAAUCAGAUUUAAAGUAUGAAGUCUUCAGGCUAUGUUGAACUGUUGCAAUCAUGUCUAAAAUUUUACACCCUAAGGACUAGACAGGUCAGGUUUACUAACUAAAGCAAAUUUAGAAUUACAAUGAUGAUAAGGUCGUUCAAUAGCUCCUUCCUCGGAUGAAAAUUAUUUUUCUCUCCUAGUUUCCAAACUUUCCAGAUUGAGCACCAACCUUCCCAUCUCUCCCCACAACGCCUACACACUCCAUUUACAUUUGUUCUCUACCUAUGUUGGUAUCUUCACCUAGGUUAGAAACUGCUUACACUCUGCUGCUGACCUGGAAGGUAGUCAGUAAAGGGCCUCUGCAUAUCUCUAUCUCUUCCAUUAUGAUUCGUCUUCAUUUUAUAAGCCAAUUUCAGAGUUUACAGGGAACUUGGCUGGCAACUCUAUCACCUACACAUUCCUGGCUCCUUGCCUCUGCUAGAGCUAUUUUCUCACUUUUAAAUUUCUUUCUGCUCUUCCACUUGUUGAAAUCCUUACUUCUCAAUCCAGACCGUUCACAUGCUUACCUCCUCAAUUAAACUUUCACCAACCCUCUAAGUUAAACUUGGUCUCUCCAUUUUUAGCCCUUCAAUGGCUUUUUAAAAAUAUUGAUGAUAGCACCAACUCGUUGCAAACUAUAACAGAGAAGUACUUGUCUUAGUAGAAUCUAUGUAAUGCCUUCUUUUCAUGUCUUCUUUCCAGUAUUUAUGUGAAACAUAAUAGAAAUGAAUGUGAAACUUAAUGGGAAUGAAAUCCCAAAAUGACUGAGCCUAUCGUAUGCUCCGCAGUACAAUUUUGCUUUUCUGUAUGGAAGGAUUUUUAAACAGCUCUGGCAAUAUUUCUACUUACAGGCAGUUUUUAACUUCUAGAAAAGGUGAGGAUAACUUGGAUGAUGCUGAGGAGGCCUGAAUCCAGGAGAAAGUGUGGAAAUACUCUUUUGACUAUAAUUUCAUGUAAAGACCCUGGGCCUUCCAAGAGGUUAGAGAGUGAGAUGGGGUGGGGGAGCUUGGGGAGGCUCUUUUAGCUGUCUUUCUGAACUGCUCAGACCCACCAGGGAGGCCAGUCUGAACUCAGUGGCCAGCUUCCGAGUACAGAGGACACAGAAGAACCCAUCCCCACCCCCACUGUCCGAUUACUUGGUGUUUCCUCCUUUCUAUCUUUCCCUAGGGGUCGUAGGGCACUUGUGGGUAGAAGAAAAUAAAGUUAAGCAAUUUAUUAGUUUUUGAUGAAUGAAAAGUGAGCAGUGCAUUAAUAUUAUUUGAGUAUAGGAAGAUAUGUGAAUUCUAUAAAAAAUAGUCAAAAGUGGAGGGGGGUUGGGUUAUGGAGAAGGAUGGGGCAGGGUACAGCUGUAUUUCAGCCAUAAAUUUCAAUACCAUUUGACUUUUAAACUAUAUGCAUGUAAUAUACAAUUUUUAAUAAAGUAAUUGACUUUUAAAAGAGCAAAUUGUUUUAAAUAUUGAAUUUGAGAGUCUGUCAGUUCUAAGUCUAAUCAAACAGCUCAGUCAGGGUUAGAGUAGAAGGCCUAACCCAGUGGUUCUUAACUCUGGCUACACAUUAUAAUCACCUGAAGAACUUUAAAAAAAAUACCAAUAAUUAGGUCCACACCAGACCAAUUAAAUCUGCAUCCUUGGGCAUGGGGCUUAGGCAUUGGUAUUUAUUAAAAGCUGUCCAGAUGAUUCUAAUAUGCCACCAGGGUUGAGAACCAUUGAACUUUUCUCCUGGUCUGUUCUUUCUGUCCCCACAAAAGAUGUGUACAUAUUUCUCUCCCUAUUAGACUGUGAGCCCCUUGAGGGUAAUAAGUGAUGUAUACAACUUUAUUUCCCCAAAAGCAACAACUAUAGUGCCCUGCAUAAGGCAUGUGCUCAGUAAAUAUUCAUUGAAUAAACUCGACACUUUCAGAAUAUAGGAACCUACUAGGGACAGUGCCUUUAUUCAAUGAAAUUAAUAUAUAAAAUUGGAAAGUUCAAAGAGGUCAUUGUGGAAAAUAAUCUUCAACACUGCAAUGAUAAAAAAUAAGAGGAAAAAAGGCAAACUUUUUAGACAACAGGCAAAGUUAAAGAUCUAUAUUGAUAGAAGUUCAUUAGAUUUGAAUUUGAGAUUGGGAACUAAGAAUAAUUGGCUAACUCAGAAAUACUUCGAAUUCUAAUUUUUUACUACUGAGUCUUAAUAUGAUGGAUAAAACCAUUAGUUUAAAGAAAUAAUUAAGAUAAAAGAGUUGCCUACUCUAAGAGGCUUCUAAAAUUUACUUUUAAAAGAAGGGUAAUAUCAACAUAAUUUGGGUGGAGAAUAAAAAUAAAUUUGCAGGGCCCCCCUGAGGAACUGGAGGAAAAUGUGGAAGUGUCGGACUACCUU